AUGUCCUAUAUGCUUAAGUAUUGUUCAAUAAGAAACCAGGAUCAUAUUAAUUCGCUAUUGUCUUUGGUGGGUGAAUUGAGACCAGUCAAUAAACGACCUGAUAUCCAACAAAAAGAUAACACUCAUUCAAAAAUGGACUUAAAUUUAGGAAUCCUAAAGACGAUUUCAGAAAUAUGUCCAGGUUUAGUUGAGAAGGCUAUAUCUCUGAUUGAUUAUGGAAAGAUUAAUGUAUAUAUCGAAAGAAGAUCCCAUCGAAGAUUUUAUAUUAUGGAAGCAACUACAAAAGGGCAAGAUAUUAAUUACUUGGUAAUGAAACACUUCUGCACAUGUCAUUCCUACAUAGAUAAGGUAGUAUUGCAGAAGAAAGAGAUUACUUGUAAGCAUGAGCUUGCAUAUUACUUAAUAGACUCAAUGUAUAUCCCUGAAGUUAUUGACUCAUUGGGACUGGGUAAUGAUUUUUAUACAAAAUCAGGUGCUGAAAAGAACAGUGACAAGAAGGAAGAUGAAGAAGUUAACGGAAGAAAUGACGAAGAGACAAUACAUUUUGUUGGUAUUGCAAAUCCUUUAAUUAAAGCUCACUUAGUAAGUGAGACAAAGUUUUCAGAAAUUUAUAUAGAAUAUACAAGUAAUUUUUUCAUAGAUAAUGGUCUUUUCAAAAAAAUUGGAAGGCAGAUUUAA